GCACUGAGGCGCACGAAGGCACGUUGAUUGUUGGGGCAAAAAACAUGGCGGACGUUUGUGAGGCAACCUCGAAGCUAAACACAGAUGUCGAAGAACGUGAAGGGUCGAGUGGUGAAGAUGAAAACACGAACGACAACUGUGGCGAAAAUGAGGAGGCGGUAAAGACCUUCCAAGACUUGGGCGUCACCGAUGUACUGUGCGUGGCUUGUGAUCUCCUGGGAUGGAAGAGUCCAACAAAGAUUCAGAUCGAAGCUAUUCCAGUGGCACUGCAAGGCAGGGAUGUCAUUGGCUUGGCUGAGACUGGUUCAGGAAAGACGGGCGCUUUUGCUCUGCCCAUCCUCCAGUCACUGCUGGCCUCACCCCAGAGGCUUCAUACCCUCGUCCUCACUCCCACCCGAGAAUUGGCCUUUCAGAUCUCUGAGCAGUUUGAGGCCCUCGGUUCAAGCAUUGGCGUCAAGUGCGCUGUCGUAGUUGGAGGCAUUGACAUGAUGUCUCAGUCUUUGGUUUUGGCCAAGAAACCCCACAUUGUCAUUGCCACGCCUGGUCGACUGAUGGAUCACUUGGAAAACACAAAGGGCUUCAACUUGCGAGCGUUGAAGUUCCUUGUCAUGGAUGAAGCGGACCGAAUCCUCAACAUGGACUUUGAGACGGAGGUGGAUAAAAUCUUGAAAGUGAUCCCCAGGGAUCGGCGCACCUUCCUUUUCUCUGCAACCAUGACCAAGAAGGUCCAGAAACUACAGAGGGCCGCAUUGAAAGACCCGGUCAAGUGUGCCGUUUCUACCAAAUACUCGACAGUCGAUAAACUGCAGCAGUAUUACAUCUUCAUACCAGCCAAGUACAAGGACUGUUACCUGGUGUCCAUCCUGAACGAGCUGGCAGGCAACUCCUUCAUUAUUUUCUGCAGCACCUGCAACUGUGCGCAGCGGGUGGCGCUGUUGUUGCGGAACCUUGGCAUCACUGCCAUCCCUCUUCACGGUCAGAUGAGUCAGGAUAAACGUCUGGGGUCGCUAAAUAAGUUCAAAGCCAAGUCGCGCUCAGUGCUGCUGGCAACCGAUGUGGCGUCCCGAGGGCUCGACAUUCCGCAUGUCGAUUGUGUCAUCAACUACGACAUCCCCACGCACUCCAAGGACUACAUCCACAGAGUCGGGAGGACAGCCAGAGCAGGACGAUCGGGAAAGUCAAUCACGUUUGUCACCCAAUAUGAUGUGGAGCUUUUCCAGAGAAUUGAAAGCCUGAUAGGAAAGAAACUUCCCGCCUUCCCCACACAUGAGGAGGAGGUGAUGAUGUUGGCGGAGAGGGUCAGCGAGGCCCAGCGUUUUGCCAGGCUGGAAAUGAAGGAACAAGGUGAGAAAAGGAAAAGACACAGAGACCGAACUGGAGAUGAAGAUGACACGGAGCAAGCGAGCGGCGUGAGGAAGAAGGUGAAAGGAGGCUCGGGAGCAGGACGAGGCGGCGGGAAGAGGGGGGGCGGACCUGCCCGAAGAGGCAGACGCUGAGGCACUCUGACUUAGCGAGAGACUGGACAUAACCACAUCAUGAAACAUCGUUUUUCAUGCCAGAACUGAAUUAUGACGACACCAGGUUUUCGUGGGGGUCUAUAUGACUUUCAUUACAUAGAAAAAGUCUUUCUGUCGUUGCAUUUUUUUCCAUUUCUAGUAAAAUUCAUCCCGUUGAAGCUUU